AUGGGUGACCACGCCACUACCAACAACUCCUCCGCCACAGCUACCACCGAGGCCGCCUACGCCGACAAGGGCAAGGGCAAGGCCCAGGACCCCGACAUGAGUAUGGAGGAUGACAGCGACUCGGAAUCUGACAAUGGUGAAGAAAUGGUCGAGGUCGACGAAGAGGAAGCCGACGAUAGCCUGGAGCCCAUCUCCGAGUCCAACAUCAUCAGCAGCGGUCGUCGCACCCGUGGCAAGAACAUCAACUGGGAGGAAGUGCGCAACAAGACCGACGAUAUGGAUGAUGACGAGGACGACGAUGAGGACUACCAGGGUGGAGCUGAUGAUGAUCAGAUGCGCGACUAA